AUGCAUCCGCAAGCCUUCGCGCCCACAAACUACGCCUCACCUCCAGCUACAUCUUACAGUCCUAUGGUGCGACCGCAGCAACAGCAGUCGUCUGCGCCUUCAAAUUCCGCCCAGCCUGCGAUACCAAAUCUGCGUAUACGGCAACGGCGAUUCAAACGAGGCCACAGACCGAACGCCAUCUCCAUCAUAGACCCUGACACAGGCAAAGACAGACUAAACGAGGUAUUCGGCGAAAACUCCGACUCGGACUUAAACUCAAAACCGGACGAGAACAAAAAAACGGCCGAACUUUACAAAAAAGUGCAGGAUGUGCUUGACAAGCUCACCCCGAAAAAUUUCGACACUUUGAUCGCGCAAACGCGCAAGCUUGAAUUUAGCAACGCCGAACGCCUCCAGGGCGUCAUAGAUUUGGUGUUCGAGAAGGCGGUGGACGAGCCGAACUUCUCCGUUGUUUACCCUCGGAUGUGCAGAGAGUUGGCGCUGAUUCAGGUGCCUACUGCGAACAGCACGCCCGAAGCGCCGGAUUUUGUCAACUUUAAGAAGUUGCUGAUCACCAAGUGCCAGAUUGAGUUUGAGAAGCAAUCGGUGGACGAGUCCACAAGAGAAGUGAAGAUGAAGGAAAUCGAAGCCACCGCUGAUGCGGACAAGAAGAAGGACCUGCAGUUUGAACUCGACAAGUACGAUAGAAAAGUAACGAUGAGGAGUGUGGGCAAUGUAAGAUUUAUUGGCGAACUUUUCAAGCAGCAGAUGCUCACCGUGAACAUCAUGCUGCGGUGCUUGAACAAAUUGCUCGACAAAAAGGACGAGGAGAGCCUCGAGUGCCUGUGCAAGCUGCUCACCACCAUCGGCAAAGAGCUGGAGACGAAAAACGUCCCUCUCGAGCCGAUAUUCAAGGUGAUGCGCGACAUUGUCGAACGGCGCACCAUUAUAGUGAGCUCGCGCGUGGAACGCCUGGUACAAGACGUGAUUGAUCUGCGAGCCGCCAAGUGGGUGCCACAAAGACAGGAAGUGAACCCCAAGACGGGGCGGCACUUCAACGCGAACUUGUCCAACACGAGGAAAAAAGGUGCUAACAUUAAGAAUGUGGUGGCUCCACCAAUGGCGGCACAAUCAAGCAACAUCUACACUGCAAUGGAAAAAGCGUGGCCUGCUGCUACUGCUCCACAUUCAGAUGAGCAGGCUGAAAAAGGUAAAAGUAAAAUGUAUUGA